UGUGUGUGUGUGUGUGUGGUUGAGAGGGGCUGUGAGGUUGCUGUCACUCACAACCGCAGCCUCUUGACAGAAUGCCUGACUCCAAUAGCUGUGGUUGCACCCCCCCAUCCCCCACCCCCACCCUUUUUCCUUUACUCUGGAGAAGGGUUUAUAUUUAGGGGUUAGCAUUGAUUAUCCGUUGACUUGGCUCUCCGUGACGUGAAAAUGGAAUGAUGAGCGCAUGUCUAAUUUGCUCUCACAACACUCCGCCCUCGUAUUCCCUCCAUUGGGCUUAGUAUUUUCCAUUUUCCUUUUUUCCCCCCCCUUUUAGUUAGGGGUGUUUUUUGCGGUGUGUUCUGGAACUUGUUUUUGACUUGCCAAGUAGGGGUAGCCUCGAGGGGGGUUAUCAACUGUAAUUUCAUAGAAUACAGAUGAGAUAACCGUUCAUCUAAAUAUCCUUUUCGAGGCAGCAUUCCGAGGGUGUGGUCUGAUGAAGAUUGGAGAAGGCAAGUUAGAAUCGACUGAGGCACCCCCACCCUCAACCCCCUCCCCUCUAGUUGGGCGACUUUGAGUGCGCCUCGGCAGUCAGUUUACGAUAUUAAAUAUUGCAUUAAGACUUGUCACAGGUUGGCAUCGUUCAGGGCUUCAGAAGGCGCUGGGGCCCAAGAGGCUGUCAAGGUCUGUUAGUCUCUGAGAGUAUCCAAGUCUGGAAUUGAGCUCGUCUACAUCAUAUCAGCCAGCCUGUCAUCUUAGCUUUUGCCUGGUCAAGCUAAUGGCCUGCCUCAGAAGGAAUGCCCAUUGUGUCCUCAUCUGCUACCGGUGCCUACUCCUCCACCUCCACCUCCACUUCCACCUCCUGCUGCUCAUUCUGAGACCUCCAUCUCCCUGCCUUGGUCCACCGCCACCUCUUCCUCCUCCCUCCACCACCACCACCGCCACAACCUCCUCCUCCUCCUCCACCACCACCACCACCUCCACCUCCUCUUCUUCCUGAUCUAGCUGGUCUGACCAGAGCAGAAUGCUGCUGCUGAUGCUGCAGGACUGGCACCAGCCGUGCGCCUGAGCAAGAGGAGGCAGAGGCCGCGGGAGAGGGAGAGGGAGAAGGAGAAGGAGAGGGCGAGGAGGGAGAGGCAGAGGCCAGGGCAGAGGGAGAGGAUGGGUGUUAAUGCCUCUAGCUACCCCCACUCCUGCUCCCCACGCUUUGGGAGCAGCUCCCAAUCGCAGCAGACCUUCAUAGGUUCGAGAUGUUUUGCAUUAACAUUUACAGGACAUAAUUAUUUGGAUGGCACGUCGUACUCUUCGCAGGGCUAUGGCUGUGAAGGGAAGCUCUACAGCUUGGAGGGCAGUGCGGGGGGCUCCGGGGGCUCAGGCUCAGGGGACCCCUCCUCACGCCACCACCACCACCAUCACCACGCCGACCGCAAGAAGAAGAGCUCGGGCCUGGCCACGCUCAAGCGCCGCUUCAUCAAGCGCCGCAAGUCCUCGCGCUCGGCGGACCACGCGCGGCAGCUGCGCGAGCUGCUGUCCGGCUGGGACGUGCGCGACGCCCACGCCCUGGUGGAGGAGUACGAGGGCACGGCGGCGCUCAAGGAGCUGAGUCUGGCGGCGGGGCUGGCGCGGCCGCACGCCCGCACCCUGCAGCGCGACCUGUCCGAGCUCUACCGGCUGCAGCUGUGCGCCGACGUGGAGCUGGUGUUCCAGGACGCGCGCUUCCCCGCGCAUCGCGCCCUGCUGGCUGCACGCUGCCCCUUCCUGGCCCAGCUGCUGGCGUCCGGGGCCGGGGUCACCAUGGUGGUGGGCAGUAGUAGCGGUGGUGGUGGAACCAGUGGUGGUGGAGUGAGUCCCGGGGUUGGGGGCCCGUCGGGGCCAACCAUGAUCCUGGACGUGGGCGCCGCGGCAGGUGCAGCCGGCGUAGGCCUGGGCAUGGACCCUGGCGUCUUCUCCGCCUUGCUCUACUAUCUCUACACGGGCGAGCUGGGGCUGGUGGGCUCGGGGUGCGAGGGGGAGGAGGGCGGUCGCCCGGGGGCGGGGGUGGGGCUGGGGCGUCUGCGCAGCGGGGAGCUGCUCCUGAGGCUCGGCGAGGAGUUCGGCACGCCCAACUCGCUGGAGGCCGACCUGCGCGCGCUCUGGGAGCGAAUGAGCCACCACGACUCGCUGCUCUGCUUCGCCUCCGACGCCGAGCUGGAGGCCGCCGGCCCCGCCGUGGGAGGAGUCACCGGCGGAGUGGGCGUGUCUCCUGGUGGAGGCGGAGGAGUAGGAGGGGCUAGCGGAGCGCCUUCACCAAUGGGAGGGCCGGGUGGCGGGGCAUGUGCGUCGACCUCUGCAGCUGCAGCAGCAGCAGCGGCGGCGGCGAUGUUGGGAGAGGACGAGCUGCGCGCUCACAAGGCCAUCCUGUCGGCCCGCUCGCCUUUCUUCCGGAGUCUCCUGCAGCGCCGGACUCGGGCCGGAGUGGGCCCAGCUGCGGCAGCGGGAGGCGUCGACGAACCUCAGCCUCAACAACCGCAGUCGUGUGACGCGCACACGCCGCACGCGGCACCACACACGCCGCACGCGGGCCUCCCUCCGCCUCCGCUGGUGCCCACGUGCAUCGUGCUGGACGAGUCCAUCAUCCCCAAGAAGUACGCGCGGGUCAUCCUGCACUGCAUGUACACGGACCGCGUGGAGCUGUCGCUGGUGCUGCGCGGGAGCCCGUCGGCGGGCAGCCUGGGCGAGGUGCAGGCGCUGGUGGCCGGGCGCGGGGCCGGUGGUGCCGGCGGAGGGGGCGGCGGAGGAGGAGUCGGCAUGAGCCGCGCCGAGGAGGCCAUGGAGCUCUACCACAUCGCUCUCUUCCUAGAGUUCAGCAUGCUGGCGCAAGGCUGUGAGGACAUCAUAGCGGAGAGCAUCUGCCUAGAGUCCCUGGUGCCCAUCCUGAAGUGGAGCUCGCAGCCGUACGGCUCCAAGUGGGUGCACCGGCAGGCCAUGCACUUCCUGUGCGAGGACUUCAGCCAGGUGGCGGCCUCCGACGUGCUGCACGACCUCAGCAAAGAGACACUAAUCACCGCCAUCCAGUCAGACUACCUGCAGGCCAGUGAGCAUGACAUCCUCAAGUACGUGGUGAAGUGGGGCGAGCAGCAGCUCAUUAAGAGAAUGGCAGAUCGAGAGCCCAACCUGCUGAGUGGCACGGCCCACAGCGUGAACAAGCGCGGGGUGAAGCGUCGCGACCUGGACCUGGAGGAGCUGAAGGAGAUCCUGUCCCCCCUGCUGCCCUACGUACGCACCGAGCACAUCCUGCCCCCCAACAGCGAGGUGCUCUCCGACACUAUGAAGCGUGGUCUGAUCAGUACUCCUCCGUCAGACAUGCUGCCCACAGCUGAGGGUGGCAAGGCCAACGCGUGGCUGCGCCAGAAGAGUGCCGGCAUCUACGUGCGCCCGCGCCUCUUCUCACCCUACGUGGAGGAGGCCAAGGCCGUGCUGGACGAGAUGAUGGUGGAACAGACAGACCUGGUGCGGCUACGCAUGGUGCGCAUGUCCAACGUGCCCGACACGCUCUACAUGGUGACCAACGCCGUGCCUCAGUGCUGUCACAUGAUCAACCACCAGCAAAUGGGAGGAGGCCAGAUGGCCCCGCCCUCUGUGGUGGCCAAUGAGAUACCAGUGCCUCCGCUGUGCGUGGUGCGGGAGAUGAUCCGUCGUCUGCAGGAGCUGCGCCUCAUGGAGCAUGUGCAGCGUGCGUACGCGCUCAACUGCGGAGAGGGAGCCACCGUCAGCCUCGAGCUGCAGCUGCGUGUCCUCCGCGAGUUCGGCCUGCCCGACGGAGCCGCAGAGCUGCUACAGAACCCGCACAAGUUCUUCCCGGAGGAGCGUUUCGGCGACGAGAGCCCCAUCCUGGCGCUGCGUCAGAUGAACCGUUGCCGCGUCAACAGCACGCCGGCGGCCGAGUCCCUGUACCCCGAGCUGGACUCCCUUGUGGCCGGCUUCCACCCUCCGCUGCCGCCGCCCCCUCCCCCGUACCACCACCACUCGAACGCCACCGCCGCCGGCCCUGGAGGAGGAGGAGGAGCAGGAGGAGGAGGAGGGGCCCACGCCGGCCAGAUGAAGGCAGGAUGGAGGCCCCGGGCCACCUCACAGCCCCCCUCGCGCUCCUUCUCCUACCCCUGCAACCACGCGCUGCUCCAGAGGGGUGGAGGAGGAGGAGGAGGUGCGAGUGGGCUGGGGCAUCCCCCGCCUCCGCCGCCUGCCAUGGGGGUAGGGGUACUACCCACGCAGGCGCCCAGCCCCGCGUACCAGCCCUCGUCGGCCGGGCACGGCAAGGCCCUCAUGCCUCCGGACUGCACCAACUUUGGCGUGCCUGGGCGGGGCAUUCAUCCGGACAAGCAAGGGAACAUGGAGCCGGUGAUGAACGAGUUCAUGCCGGACAUUGCCAUGGGCGUGUCGGCCAUGACGCUGAAGGAGUGCCGCAUGUCGGAAGUCAACAUGGAGGUGGACGGUCACCACGAGCUGCACCCGCUGAGCCGCGACCCGCACGCCGCCUCCUCCAUGGCCCCCCACGGCGGCUACUCCAGCCGCCACCCCCACUCCUCCUCUUCCGCCUCUGCCUCCUCCUGCACCGCCUCCCGUAAGCGGCACGCGGCCGAGGCCAAGCCCGACGCCCAACAGCAGCAGCAGCCGCCGCCGCCCGACUUGUACGAGCUGUCGUCGGGCCGCCUGGCCGCCAACGCCCCUUACUCCACAGCCGGACCGCCGGAUCUCUACAGCCACGGACGCCCACAGAUCCCCGGAGCUCCGUCUUCGGGUGGUGGGGGCGGAGGAGGGGGGCACUCGCCGGCGUACGCGCCCGACCAGCAGGGCCCGUGCCGGGGCUCGGACUCCUCCUCGUCUGGUGGCCUACGCCUGGACAUGCUGGAGCAGCCGCCCCAGAGGCUGGACCUGGCUCUGGCCACCACGCACACGGUGGGGGGGGCAACUGCCACGGGCCAAGUGGCGGCGGCACACCACCAACACCGGGCUGUUUCGGGUCGCCCGAAAACCGAGACGGACCUCACCUGCGGCCUGGGUAGCCCCCCGCCGCCGCCCCCGCCACAGCCCCCCUUCCCCCCCGAGCCCUACGAGGAGUGGGCCGCUUCAUCCCGCAGGCAGCUGGGCGUUGGCGUGGGCGUGGGCGAGGGCACGGGCAGUGGUGGUGGAGCCGAGGAGUCCUCCACGGGUAUGGGAGGAGCACGGGAACAGCGCAGGUCGCCCAAUAAACCAGAGUACCCGUACAGGAAGUCUGCACUCUGACACCCCCUGCAGGACAGUUGGAUAUGACACGAGGGGGCGGGUUGGGUUUCUGACUGUGUGUAUUUUUUGGGGUGUGACUGUAACUGACUGAUGGGAUGGAUAUAAGUGGCUGCCUGGACUCUGGGCCUGGCUAGGCUGCAUCGAGACUUAACGGUAGCCUCUUGGUGGAAUGUUUUUUUUUGGUUUUCUAACUGCCAACUUGGAGCAGCGCGCAAUUGUCUUCACGUCCCAAGGCACAAAUUUAACACCAGUGAGAUUUCUUUUUUUUUCCCGUUUUGUUUUGUUUUGACUCCAUCUUCAUCCAUAUGUGUGUGGGCGACAUCUGUCUGAGAAGCACUCUGGUUUCGGUUGGAUCCUACAAAAACACACUUUCUCGUUUUUUUUUUUUUACUCAAAUUUUCCAUUCAUUCCCCCCCCUCUUUCAGAGUCUAUGCCGAAUCCUCUCUGCCCUCCCUCCCUCAUCCUCUGUUUUCUCCAUCCUAUUAUCUCUCGCUCUCUCUCUCUCAGUCACAAUGCCAAGCCCCCCUUUUCUCCAGUAGCAGCAGCAGACAGCCUACUGCCAAUCAGCAACUUAAUGCUUUUUGAAAAGUUCCAGGGAUUUAUAAUGAUGGACCUCCAUCCUCCCACUCUCUUCUCCUCUUUUCUCCCUCGCUUCUCUUCUACUCUAUCCUCUCGUCUCCUCUCCACCUCUUUCCUCUCCUCUCCUCUCCUCUCCUCUCCUCUCCUCUCCUCUCCUCUCCUCUCCUCUCCUCUCAUGUCCUCUCCUCUCCUCUCCUCUCCUCUCCUCUCCUCUCCUCUCCUCUCCUCUCCUCUCCUCUCCUCUUCUACUCUAUCCUCUCCUCUCCUCUUCUCUUCUGCUCUCUCCUCAUCCCGCUUGCUCCUCUCUCCCUAUUUCACAUUCUCAUUUCCUGUCCACCCAACAAGCUUGUCUGUCUGGGAUGAUUACAGAGUUAUAUAUUUUUGUGUGUAUGUGUUGUGUGCUGCUGUGCGCAUGUCUGUGUGUUUGUGUGCGAUUGAGCUCCAGACUCGCCUUCUGCCCUUUAGAAAUAAAUUGAAAAAUGCCCAAGCAAUGAGCUGCAAACUCACCACACAACACCCCGCCACACACACACACACACACACACACACACACACACACACACACACACACACACACACACACACACACACACACACACACACACCCGUGUCCUCCUCCACCUCCACCUCCACCUCUCCUCCCACCCUCAUUCUCCACUCCUCCUCAGAAGCAGGGCCAGAUUAUCCAUGAGGGGCAGUGGCACAGUGCCCAGGGGGGCACCAACCAUUUCCAGCCAUUUAGGGGGCACCCACCACAAGACAGAAACUCAACACUUACUGGUCAUAAAGGGGGCACCUGCGAGGUGUAGUGCCCGGGGUUACCGCAACGGCUGAAUACGUUCCUGCUCAGAAGUGCCGUCUGUCGGUAAUGGCUCUUGUAAUCCUUGCCCUAGCAAGCAGCGGCGUGCAUUAGCUCGGCCAAUUUCAGAUUAAGGGGCCGAGGGGAAUGGGGCGGGAAGUGGGUGGAGGUGUACUAAACACACACACUUACACACACACACACACACACACUCACACACCCCUACUAAAUUAGACAAACGAGCAAAUUUAAUCUCUCCUGUCCACCUUCCUUUACCUCCAUCCGAUAUCCACGUCACCCAUGCCCAGAAUACCAAUGAGUGGUGAACCAAGCUGUCAGAUAAUGGUUGGAGGGAAAUGUGAUAGAGAGAGAGAGAGAGAGAGAGAGAGAGAGAGAGAGAGAGGAGGAGGGGGGACUUUGGGAGUGUCUUUGGAGGACCCGAUCUCCCCCUUCUGUCCUCAAAGCUGGGCCAGGUAAAGUCCCGCCCGCUGGUCAUGGUGGUGUUGUUCCUCACCUGCAUCAGGUGAGUCUGGACCUCCAGCCAGCUCACCGAGUCCAGACGUCAGGGUCUGCACACACUCCCUCUCACACACACACACGCUUACGCACGCACAC